GCGCUUUACGGCUGUCGUGCUUCGCGUCUCGGCAAGCAUGGCGGCGGGGGAGUCGGAGAAGGAAGUCGCUGAGCUGGAGCCUUUAGAAGAGAAAGACCUGAAAUUAGAGGCGGAGGAGGAGCAGGAGGAAUCCGAAGAGGCGGCUGGCAGCGCCAAGAAGCGGGUGGUGCCUGGCAUUGUGUACCUGGGCCACAUCCCGCCCCGCUUUCGGCCUCUGCAUGUGCGGAACCUUCUCAGCGCCUACGGCGAGGUGGGGCGCGUCUUCUUCCAACCCGAGGGUGGGUUCGUGCAGCGGAAGAAGAAGGCAGCGGCAGCCUCGGCCACGGGAGGGAAAAAGCGGUCCAAGUACAGCAAGGACUACACAGAGGGCUGGGUGGAGUUCCGGGACAAGCGAGUAGCCAAGCGUGUGGCCGCCAGUCUGCACAACACACCCAUGGGUGCCCGCAGGCGCAGCCCCUUCCGUUAUGACCUCUGGAACCUCAAGUACCUGCACCGUUUCACCUGGUCCCACCUCAGUGAGCAUCUUGCCUUUGAGCGCCAGGUGCGCAGGCAGCGCCUGAGAGCCGAGGUUGCCCAGGCUAAGCGUGAGACUGACUUCUAUCUUCGAAGUGUGGAGCGGGGGAAGCGCUUCCUUGCUGCUGAUGGGGACGCUACCCGGCCGAAUGGCUCCUGGACCUUUGCCCAGCGACCUACUGAGCAGGAGCUGAGGGCCCGGAAGGCAGCUCGUCCAGGGGGUCGUGAACGGGCUCGUCUGGCAAAUGCUCAGGACCAGGCUCGCUCCAACCGAGGGCUCCUCGCCAGGAUCUUUGGCGCCCCACCGCCCUCAGAGAGCAUGGGGGACCCCGUGGUGGUCAAGGACUCUUGAGGGGCAGGGAGUCCCCUCCAUCUCCCAGCCCAGCCCAGAGUUCUGUCUAGCUGAUAAUGACUACUCAGGCAGACAGUUUGUUUCUCAGACCAGGAGUUUCUGGUGAGUGUCCAGAUGUAGUUUGGGCCUCUCCUCCCCUCUCCAACUAUUGCACAUGCCUGGCUGAAGCACCUAAUUCAUGCUAGUAGCGUGAUUAUGACAACUGCAGAUGCCUGUUUUGUCUCAUCUGACAACCCGUUGUCUAAUUUAGGAUUUACCAAGUCACUAUAUGAGGCUGUGAAUGACAGCACGUACCAACGCGUACUCCUUGGCAUUAGGAAUCGCAUAGGAAAGGGCAGAUAUUUAAGAAAUAAAUGUACAGAGGCAUCAUGGUGGAUGUGUGGUGUGUAAGGGGCCGUGGGAAGGUAUGAUUCCUGAUCACAGCCUUCAGAGAUGGGGUCGUUUUUUCACCAACUUUUCCAGAUCAUUCCUAAAGAAUGAACAGAAGUCUGGAAGAGCCUGGUGAACUAUAAUCACAAACAGCUCCCAGGAUGGAGUGUUGGGUGGAAAGCAGUGCACAGGUGAGCGAAGCCUAGGAGGUAGUGGCACAGUGACCCGCUCGGGUGCACCUCGUGUUGGGGCUCAGGGGAGCGUCGCAGACAACAUGCAGAGCAGCCCGAGGCACUCCCUGUAAACCAUAGGACUGAAAACGUGUCACCGUAACAGAAGUCUCCACACGGCCUUGUAGAGAUCAAACUGGUCAGAAUCCAGUAUCCCAGCUGGGCAAAUAGAGUAGUAGAUCAAAGUUUAGCUAAAUUUAACACUCUAUAAUAAAAACCCUUACAGUCCGAUAAUACAAAAGUUUCUUUAGGGGCAUCCAGGGAGAUCUUCCUACACAUCUCAAAAUUAAUUGUGAAACAUUUAAAAUAGUCAAUUAAAAUCAAGAAUGAAGAUACUUCCAAUUACCACUACUAUUCAUACACUGUCCAAGAAAUCCUGGUGAUACAGAGACAAAGUG